AUGGAACGAUUCGUGGUUGCAUCAUUAUCAUUCGAUGACACAGACAGACUUCCUGCCCAAUUGACAGUGUUUGUUCAAAUGAAAGUCAUGGUGACGAAGAACAUAUGCACACGCGCAGGUAUAGCCAAUGGAUCGAGAGGAACAAUCGCCAAGAUUGUGUUAGAUGAAAGGGAGCCCUGGAGUGAAGAAUCUGGACACCAAGGUUGCAUCAGUCUCAUGUUUCCUCCAGCGAUGUUGUUAUUCAAGCCUGCCGUGUCCGUCAUUCCUGAAGUAGAAGGUUUGUCUGGAGGGUUGAUUCCCAUAUUUCCAGAGCAAGGAUCUUUCAACAUUAACAUGACAAGUCAUGUCAAGGUCCACCGGCGUCAAUUUGCAAUAACUCCAGCAUAUGCAUUCACUGAUUUCAAAUCCCAAGGCCAAACAAUAGAGCAGGUAAUUGUUGACCUUGGAAAAACAUCUUCAUUCGCAUUGGAUCCAUUCCAUGCUUAUGUGGUGCUGUCACAGAGUCGAGGCAGAGAGACUAUCAGACUUCUCAGAGAGUUUGAUGACAAGUUGUUGACCCAUCAUCCGUCAGAAGAUCUUUGUCAAGAGGAUGAAAGACUGUAUUGUUUGGCGAAAGCGACCAAAGAUUGUAAUUAA